GUAUCCACAAGUAUUUUCUUUUCUGUCGACUUCUGGUACGCCAAAAGAAGAGCAACCACAGCUUCAGGAGGAAGACAUCCUGGCGGGUAGCUGUUUGUUUACACUCAUUUUGCGUCAAGGCGCUAACUAUAGUUCAUAUUUUCCAGGCGCUGUACGUAUGACACUUUCCGACUAGUCGUAAACUACGUACGUAAAAAAAAAAAUAAUAAUAAUAAUUAAAUAAUAAAAAUAAACAGUUGCAAAUUGGCACGUGUGAACCCGCCUUAUACUCUUAACUUUAUCGGAUGAGAAGUUAUUUGAUUUAGAUGUUGUGUUGUAUAGCUUCAUCUCAUGCUUCUUAAGCCAUGGACCAAUAAAUUGUCCCCACCCACUCUUCCACCAAACUAAAGAAAAAAAAAAAAAAAGUACCAUACAAAUUUUCACCACCACUAUCAUAAUUUCAGUAGUGGUUACCAUCGUCCUGUGAUGAUUACCUUUCAUGUCUGUUUACGUACUACACAAGUGAAAGCAUACCAAGUAAUAUUAAGCAGCUGAUUAUGAAAUCUUAUAUGAUAAUGUGAUGUGUGUCGUCAAGUGUUAUAGCUUGUGAUGUUUUAUGUAGUCCUGUCGUGCCUGUGCUGUAGUGAGAUGGGAUGGCGAUUGGCGGGCAGCAGAAGGGCAGCGGAAGGCUGUCAGAGGUAACGGGUGGACGGGUCGACGCAGCCCGAGGCGGUAGCGGUGUGUUCCGGCAGCUGCUUGCUCACGGCGCAGCACGGGACUUGAGAGUCAGGAGAUGAGAGAUGAAAUUGCACGCACCAUCCAGAAGAUGCCGCAACUGUGGUCGCUCCAUAGAGAUGUGUACACCUAAGCCAUCACACCUGAAGACCUGACCAACGCAUGUAAGCUACAGUGACUCAUAUGCGUAAAUUGAUCGAACAUGGGUAGCCAUUGCGCUUGUCCUCCGAGGAAACAACGAGGCGGCAACGGUAUGCACUGUUGAGUCUCCGUUGCGUCCUGCUGCAUCAUUACCGAGUGACAGCGUAGUUCAUCAGCUUCUUUGGUCGAGAGUGGUUGAUCGCCCCGCUCCCUUGGUUACCGGGACGUGAAAAAAUUAAGAUGAGGUGUGGGAGUGCAGUGGUAGUGACGGGUCUGGUGAUGGUGCUGGUGGCGGUUGUGGUCUCUGAGGCUUGGGAACCGGUGGCUUCAUUAUUUGAGGCUGGAGAGCGACUGCGAACAAUGCAGGCCAGCGUGCGGUGGAUGCGAGGCGGGGACGCGUACUUGUCUGCAGCAUCUACUUUCAGGAGUCCAUCGCGAAGGAUGGAAGUUCGGGCGCCCGGCAGUCUGUCAUCUCUUAAAAAACAGAGGAACCUCCACAAUGUUGUCUGGGAGAGGGCCAUGGGACACACGAGGCAGCUGUUUUUCGGGAGUCUCUCCCUCAUCUCUCUCGCACUCCUGACCUUUGGGGGGAUCCUGUUCGAUGUGGUGGGCGGUGCUCUGUCCAAGAGGAGUGGUGAGGCCAAGGAGACUGUGCUACCAGGCCUGGGGUUGCUGGGCGACGCACUCAAUAACCUUACCGAGGUAGCCCUCAACGCCAUCACCAUAUACCUGUACCGGGAGGAGAGCCCGGACUGCAGCGAACGAUUGUUGUGUGAAAGCAGUCAACAGGCAGGGCAGCGUGGCCUUUUAGACAGCUUGGUCAAUUACCUUACCGGACUGUUUGUGUCACUGUUCCUCCCAGAGCAUCCGCUCUCCCGCAGCCUGGAGGCCAUGCGAGCUGGAAGGAGGAGCGACGACUGUGUGGGGCUUUAUCCGCACUGUUCUGUAAAGCUAUGAGUGCUGCCUCGCUUAUAAAGAGGGAUAAGCCAGAGUACUUUCCAUCCUCGUCAAGUGAUGGAAAGCUGUGUUGAGGGAAGGACACUAGAGUAGCGCCUUGCCAUGUCGUGCACAGCAGUGACUUAAAAGAAGCAGAGAAGUUCGCUUGCUGUUGUGGUUUAGUGCAUGAAAAACAUAUACGAAACAUAUUUAUCACAAAAAAGACGUACAUUUGCAUGGUGAAAAUAUAAUGGAGAAAGAUAUGCUACAUGCAUAAGUUUUUUUUUCUUAUCAAUCGUACAACAAACAGUUAACUUAAGAUGAUUUUUUUUUUAUUAUAAUAGUGAAUUUGUAUAAGCAUGUGCCUUGUGCGCCUAUCAUAUUAUCUGAUUGUAAACAACCAUGGUACGCCCCCCUCUCCUCUCUCUCUCUGAUGAUCCACUGCUUUCCUGCCUGAGCAGUGCCGUUGGGAUACCGAGAGGCCCUUCAUUAUCACCGUCACCCAUUAUGAGUCCAUCUGCCGUCAAAAGUACUUGUAACUACUGCACCUUCGCUGGGGUUUGACGGUUCGUCGCCGCAUCCACGAUCCAGAUAUACACCGUGAGGAUAAUCAUUCUGCUAGCAUUUUAGCGAAUGAACUUUAAUAAAAAAAAAAAAAAACAUAAAUAAUGUGUGUAAAUAAUAAAA